ACACACACAGGUGAGCUCAGUUCAGGACAUGAGGACGCACAGGUAGAGGUCGAAGUUUGACGUCAAUACCGAAAGUAACAGAAAUAUCAAAGAUGUACGUUUACUCCUUUCUGUUGUUAUGAGAAAGCAUGGCGGGCGUGCUUUGAACGUUCAGUUGACUGUUGAAGCAACAGGUGAGGUCUGAUUAUUCCCUGUUUUCUGUUUAACAGCUGCGGCGGGGUGAUAUGACAGCUGCAGCACAGAGCACUAUCAACAUGGAGGAUUUUUUCACAAAGGUGGGGGAGGUCAGAAGCCUCAUCGAAAAGCUCUCCUGUCAAGCAGAUGAGCUGGAGAGAAGACAUGGAGCAAUCCUUUCAAACCAAAACCAAGACAAUAGAAAAAAAGAGGAACUGGAGCUGCUGAACAGUGAGACAAAGAAGAAUGCCAACCUGGUCCGAUCCAAGUUAAAAUCAAUGCAGAAAGAUUCACCUGUCGAUGAGAACAGUAGAAGUACUUCAGUGAUCCAGCGGAUUCACAACAACCAGCACUCUCAUCUGACUCGGUGGUUUGCAGACGUCAUGAGACGCUACCACAGGGCUCAAAUCUCCUUCAGAGAGAAAUGCAAGGCACGGAUUCAGAGACAGCUGGAGAUUGUUGAUAAAGUGACAACAGAUGCAGAGUUGGAGGACAUGCUGCACCGUGACAAUCUUACCAUCUUUAUAUCUAAUAUCAACUCUAAUCGUCAAGUUUCAAGCGAGGCUCUGAGUGAGAUUGAAUCUCGCCAUCAGGACAUCAUCUGCCUGGAGUCCAGCAUGAAAGAGCUGCACGAGGUGUUUGCUGACAUGGCCAUGCUGUUGGAGAUUCAGGGGGAGUUGAUCAACAACAUUGAAAAGAAUGUGACAAGUGCUGCAGAAUAUGUAGACGUGUCAAAAGCAGAAACCUAUAAAGCAGUCUCGUACAAGAAAAACCCAUACAAGAUAGCAUCAAUGCCGAGCUUCUUGAAAACCUUCAAGAGGCAAGCAAGCACUAAAACGGCAAACGAUCAGAAAACCUCAGAGGCAAACCAUGACUCAGCUCCUGAACCGGUUUGAAGAGAGACUGCACCAAGUAUCACAAUCCACAUCAAAGCCUGUGCCUGAUGGAAAAAACACUUUUCAUCUGAUAUAAGGCGCAGUACCUGUCUGCCGCCUCAGAUGCAUUUUUUCCUCAAGGAUACUGUGGAGCCUGUUUUUUGGAAUUUUUAAAUGGUGAUUAGGACGCUUGUGUUAAUGACCAAUCAAAUGAAAGUGUUUAGAUGUUUAGGACAAGCCUUAAAAUGAGGAAACCUAAGGAUCAAAGUGUGAAACCUAUAAUAAAUUAGUUUGUUAUUCACUGUUCACUGAGUUAAAUCCUCAGAUUAAAGCUUAUUCCAUUGUCAUAUCAAGAAUUGUAUUUGUUCAAACAAUUCUCCAAAUCUCCUUCUGUUUUAAUCUGUUCCUCAGUUCAUUCUCAGAGGUAGCCGAUGUUCCUCUCAGUGGCCAAUAGGGGGCAUGACAACAUUAGAAAAGAGACUGUAAACAAGGCUCAUUUCACAUUC